AUGGCGGAUAAUGAGAGCUUAGUAUCACGCUCUAGUUCAACAUCCUCCACUUCAUCGAAGUGGGCCAAAAUGCAGAGCCAGCUGCAUACCCCGAUGCCAUCAUCUUUAUCCGGUGAAUGCGCAAAAGCAGAGAAAAUUCUCAGAUCAUUCUUGUACCCCAAAUCAAAAAAGGCUCAGGAUGAGGAUACAGAACUCGGUAUCCCACGCGCGAUCCUAUCACGCGCCAAGGGCCUCGCUGUCUGCACCGCUACAAAAGCAGGAAUUGUAGGCUCAUUUCGCUUUGGGUCUGGCCUCAUCGUCGUCCGUCUCGAAGACGGCAGCUGGUCCGCACCGUCAGCCAUGUCAACGGGUGGAAUUGGAUUAGGCACCCAAAUAGGCUUCGAAAAGACGGACUUCGUCUUCGUUCUAAAUAGCGAAAAGGCAAUCAAGGCCUUCACGAAAACUGGAUCAAUCACGCUAGGCAAGAACCUCUCUGUCGCACUGGGGCCAUAUGGACGAAGUGCGGAAUUUAGCGGUGUAUUGAGUUCAAAAGGACUGGCCGGUAUGUUUGCUUACUCGAAAUCACGAGGCAUUUUCGGUGGCAAAUCAUGGGAAGGUGGAAUUAUUGGGGAGCGACCGGAGGCUAAUAAGAAGAUGUAUGGUAUAACCAUAUCGGCAAGUGAGCUUUUGAGUGGGAAAGUUGAGCCACCACCAGAGGCUGGACCGUUGAUGGAGAUCUUGAACUCGGAGAAAUUUCGGAUUCCUGAUGAUGAAAUCGAUGUCUCACCAAUGGCAUCGACAGAGCAGCUUGCUCGGGAUAAUCACCAAGGUGAUUCCAAGACUUAUCACGAAGAGCUCGCUAAGGGUAUCCAUCAGGAAGUUCCUGGAUUUCCUGUUGAGCUAUCUGCUGAACCAAAAGGCCAAUUUAUUGCUGAAUUACCCGCCGACAUGCCCUUUGAGUUGCCGACUGAUAUUCCUGGCAACUUUUCUAAGAAUAUCGGAGAGCCUUCACUCGAGGACCCUGCCAGAUUCAAUGAACUAGAUGCGGGGCCUGUGAAUGAAGUUUUCGAACUGCCCGCUGAAGUUCCGUUCUUCCCCAAAGAUUCACAGGCCGAUGAUGACACACCAAACCCUGUCGAACGAAAUUCUCUACAACCACUUCCUCUGAGGAUACAAAAACGAGGAGGGACCAGCUAG